ACAUAUCUAUGUCCAAGGUUUCUCCAUGGUUUCUCCAUAUUUAUCCAGAUUCACACAGCAUUAUUAUUAUAGCAAAACCAGCGACGUAAUAUGCUAUAUGUAAAUUCAUAGAUAUGUAUGUAAAUUCAUGUCUUUGAGCAAAACCAAAUCUACCAUGGCAGGAUAGGUAAAACCCAUAACUAAAAGUAUCUAAAGAUGAGACGCCAAUAUCCACGACUUUGAUAAUGCCAAUCAAAAUAAUUUUAUUUCACCACACCAUUCAUCACGAUGCCAAGAUGUAGUAAAGUGAAGAACCCGUGCAAAAUAUGUCUGUCACAAGUAACAACGAAGAAUGGCUUACAAUGCCAGGGGGCUUGUAAAACGUGGGUGCACUUCGACUGUCUAAACUACACCCCUGGGCGAAUAAGCGACAUUAAAGCCGGAGUCAUAAAAGUGACAUGUCCUUGUCCAGACUGCAAGAGUGUUCUACCAAGGGAGUACCGGACAGAUGAACCUUAUUGCUGUAAUAACUCCUAUUGCCCCGCGAAUAGAUCACCAAAAUGUGAUAACCAGACUUGCUCCGUUAAUAUUAAUAACCCACAACCAUCCGAAGAUGAAAAAAGAUACGCUUUGAAUCAAUGUGGGCGUAAAAAGUGUAAGCAAAACAGUACCCCUCAUCUGCCGCGGCUGCUUCCAUCGUCUCCUUGCACACCGGCACAGUCUUUUUCGGUAUCUAAUUCUGGGUGUACAUCCUCAUAUGAUAUACCAGGGGAUCAUGGACGAAGUUCAGGUCCUUACAUAUCUAUGGACACGCUUGAGCAAAUGUGCGAUACUGUCGGACAAUUGGCAAACCAACUUAACUCUCUGAUGACGAAAAUGAAGAAGAAUGGUCGAGAAAAGAGAAUUCCAGGUUGCGGUAAUCUAGACUGUUCGCCAAGAGGCGCUAAGCCUUGCUACUGUCCUGAAAAGUACGUGUACACAAUAAUUCCGGAUAAAAAGGUUCUAAUGGACAAUAGCAUAAAAUUUCAACUGCUCAUCGUAGCAUGCAUCAACAUCGGUCAGCUCAUCGUAGGAUACAGCGUAGGCUGGUCAGCUCCUAUCAUACCGAAGCUUCAGGAUACGGAGCAGACGCCCCUUCCGGAACUCAUCACAGAUUUCCAAGCAUCAUGGAUAGGAUCCCUGCUUUACAUAGGUGCUAUGGUGGGACCGUACGCGACCGGGUUCUUGUCAAACGUGAUCGGCCGCAAGCCGUGCCUGGCCAUGGGCGCCAUCCUCAACAUCCUGGCCUACCUCCUGGUCGUGACCACCAACAACCUGGCCAUGGUCUACGCGAUCAGGGUCGUCAGUGGGCUCGGCAUGGGCAUCACGAUCGUCGGGAAUAUAGUCUACGUUGGUGAGAUUGCGUCUACCCACAUCCGAGGUAUCCUCUUGACGUCCACAUCCAUCAUGGGUAUAACAGGAACGCUUGUGGUGUAUUCGGUGGCACCAUUUGUGUCGUACGUAGCGACGGGAUACAUAGCACUAGCUAUCUGCUUCGUUCAUAUUAUCACCUUGAUAUUUAUUCCCGAGUCGCCGGUGUAUUAUGCUAUGAAAGGUGACGACGUAAAAGCAGCAAAGGCACUGAACCUACUCGGAAGAUCAUAUGAUGUCGAGAAGCUACUAGAGACCUACUGCAACAAGGGCAAUGAAUCAACCAAACUCAAGGACUGGAUAGAAAUAUUCACAAUCAAAUCCAACAGGAUGUCUUUAUUCAUAACGUUUACUUUAGGUACUUUACAGCAAUUGAGUGGUGUGGCAGUGGUUUUAUUCUUCGCAACGACGAUAUUUGAGCUAGCUGGAUCAACCAUCAGAUCCGAUAUAGCCACCAUCAUAAUUGGAGUAACGAGAUUGGUGUCCAGUCUUAUCGCUCCACUUUUUAUAGAAAGAUCUGGAAGGAGGCUUUUGCUGCUUAUUUCGAUGACUGCUUGCGCGUUGAGUUUGGGAGUUCUGGGUCUGUACUUCUAUUUCGACAGAGUAGAGAGUGACUUUUUGGACACUAUUGGGUGGCUGCCGCUGUUCGCCCUCAUUAUAUACUUCUUCAGCUACGAAGCUGGUUUUGGAACAAUACCGAACGCAAUAGUAGGUGAAAUGUUCUGUGCUAAUGUACGAUCAAACGGAUCAGCUAUGGCCAUAACUCUGACUUGGCUAGUCGGCUUUGCUUUAACUACUAGUUUUACUACCAUGAUUAAUGAGUUAGGAGGUGACGUCACAUUCUGGAUCUUCGGAGGGUCAUGCGUUGUCUCUUUCUUUUUCGUCUUCUUCUGCGUGCCUGAGACGAAAGGGAAGACAUUAAAAGAGAUACAAGAUAUGAUGAUAAACAUAGGCCAGUUUAUAGAUGGCUACAGCGUGGGUUGGUCGGCGCCGAUCAUACCGAAGCUGCAAGAUCCUGACCAGACGCCUCUACCAAAUCUAAUAACAGAUCUAGAAGCAUCUUGGAUUGGUCCAUAUAUUCCGAGUUACCUUUCAAAUAUCAUAGGCCGAAAGCCAUGUCUCUUUUUCGGAGGGCUACUCAAUUUAAUAGCAAUCAUUUUAAUAAUAGUCACAAAAAACGUGGCAAUGGUCUACGCGAUACGAAUUAUAAGUGGCAUCGGCAUGGGAAUGGUGACGGUCAGCAAUCUUGUCUACGUCGGUGAAAUUGCAUCAACACACAUCCGUGGCAUUCUUUUGACGUCGACUUCAAUUGUUGGUAUUACGGGGACCCUAGCCGCUUACUCCGUGGGGUCCGUAGUAUCGUACGCAGGGACGGGUUACUUCGUGCUGGCUAUCAACAUUAUACAUGUGAUUGGGAUCUAUUUCAUACCAGAAUCGCCGGUUUACUAUGCUAUAAAAGGGAAAGAAAUGGAAGCCAAAAAGGUCCUCCGCUCUUUAGGCCGUUUGGAUGAUUUGGAAAACGUUUUCGAUUCAGUCAAGGGUACUAAUCCAGGCGAAGCCAACAGCUGGAAAGCCUGGAUCAAGAUAUUCACCGUGAAGGCUAAUAGAAAAUCCUUGUUCAUAACAUUGAGUUUGUGUACUCUGCAACAAACCAGCGGAGUUGCGGCUGUGUUGUUUUUUGCAACAACAAUUUUUCAAAUUGCCGGCUCUUCUAUAAGGCCAGAUCUAGCAACCAUUAUAAUCGGUGCGACGAGAUUGAUAGCUAGUUGCGUGGCACCUUUUGUGGUGGAGAGAGCGGGACGGAGGAUAUUGCUGCUUGUCUCUACGGCCGCCUGCGCUCUCAGUUUAUCUACCCUCGGAACAUACUUCUAUUUGUCGAGGAUCGAGAGUGAAGUGAUCGCAGAAGUGGGCUGGCUCCCUCUGGCCGCGCUUAUCAUGUACUUCUUUUCCUACGAGAUUGGUUUCGGCACCAUGCCCAGCGCGUUGGUAGGCGAGAUGUUCCGCGGGAAUGCCCGCAGCACGGGCUCCGCGGUUUCCAUGACGACCGCGUGGCUCAUCGGCUUCGGCAUCGCCACGGGCUUCGGCACCAUGGUCAAAGUACUAGGCGGUGACGUCACGUUCGGGAUCUUCUCCGCCUCCUGUGUAGUCGCCUUCUGGUUCACGUACCAAUUCGUACCGGAAACUAAGGGCAAGAACUUGAAUGAGAUACAGGAACUUUUGAUGUAUCUGGGACAGAUGAUAGUUGGAUUCUAUGGGGCCUGGCCUGGCACCAUACUUCCCAAACUACGAGAUCCAUACCAAUCGCCAGUUCCAUACAAAUUGACUGAAACAGAAUUAUCUUUGGUCGCUACUAUGACAAUGCUAGGAUCUAUACCAGGUCCAUAUGCCAGUGGGUGGUUAUCAAACACCAUUGGAAGGAAGCCUUGUAUAAUAGCAGGGGGUAUUCUAUUGGUCAUUGGAUCCGCCAUUUUGGCAGCAGCGAGGAAUUUAGCAAUGCUGUAUUGCGCAAGACUGUUAUUAGGUUUUGCUGGAGGCAUAGUUGGCGUUAUGAAUGUGGUUUAUAUUGGUGAAAUUGCAUCUACAAACAUCAGGGGUAUACUUUUGACCGCCAUUGGUAUAUUUAUGACAGUAGGCUCAAUAUUGCUGUUUUCUAUAGGACCACUCUUAUCAUACUUCCUAACAACUUCUGUUGGUUUGGCAUUAUCAAUCGUAUUUACAUUGGGUGCAGUAUUGUUACCAGAAUCUCCUACUUUUUAUAUAAUCAAAGGCAAUGAAGAUAAAGCAAUAGAUGUUUUACAAGAUUUAGGUAGAUUGGAAGACGUAACUAAAUUAGAAUCAGCCAAUAAGGAGUUUAUAGAGACAACCGAUAAACAAGAUUGGAAAGAACUCUUCAGUAUACGAAGUAACAGAAAAGCUUUUCUCAUAACAGUGAUUAUAAAUAUAUUACAAAACUGCAGUGGACUUUUAGCUGUUAUUAACUUUUCUGCGUCCAUCUUUGAAAUGGCUGGAUCAUCGAUAAAAUCGAAUAUAUCUAUGGUAAUAAUAGUAGGAUUCCAAUUAGUGGGAAGUAUUAUAACACCUUUCUUUAUCGAAAGGGCUGGAAGGAAAAGGAUUUUGUUGAUAUCUUGCGCUACUUGUUGUAUUAGUAUGUUCAUUCUUGGAUUAUAUUUUUAUUUGAAUUAUGUAGAAAACUCUAUAAUUAAUAAACUCAAGUGGUUGCCACUUGUGAUUUUAAUUAUUUACUUCAUCGGAUAUAAUUUCGGUUACGGCAUUAUCCCAAACACGAUCAUCGGUGAAAUGUUUACGCCGAAAGUCAGAAGUAAAGGAUCUACCCUUACCAUGAGCAUAUCAUGGGUUUUUGGGUUCACCGUGAACACAGUCUUCGGGAUGCUUCUAGAAAGUGUUGGCGGGCAUUUUGCGUUUUGGUUCUUUUCGCUUGUUUGCGCUUGCGCAUUUAUUUUCACACUAUUCUUCAUCCCUGAGACGAAAGGAAAAAGUUUGUUAGAGAUCCAAGAGCUAUUAAAUAAAUAG